UUAGUGCCUUUCGCGUUACAUCUGACAAUGGUGAUCGCUGUAGCGGCGUACGUUAUUGCUGGCGCACUCACGAUACGAUAUAUUGAAGCGCAACUGGCCGAUGAAAACUCUACGGUACUGAUUCGUACUCAGGUUUUAUCGUAA